CGCUACAAGACUUUUCAACAACCUCACACCCUCCCAGCCCAUCCUCACUCUCCCAUUUCCUUUCCACCCUCCCCUUCCCCUCCCCAAUCCUAUUCCAGAUGGCCUCUUCUCUGCGAAUAGGUUCCCGCGCCCUGCGCUCUUCCCUGUUCACCUCCGCCGCGCCCUGGCGAUCUGCUGCCCUUUCCAAUGGCCUGCGCUGCUACUCUACCGGCAAGACACAGUCGUUGAAGGAGACCUUCGCCGCCAAGCUCCCCGGGGAGAUCGAGAAGAUCAAGAAGCUCCGAAAAGAGCAUGGUAGCACGGUCGUCGGCGAGGUCACUCUCGAUCAGGUCUAUGGCGGUGCCCGUGGUAUCAAGUCGCUCGUCUGGGAGGGAUCCGUCCUAGAUUCGGAAGAGGGUAUUCGGUUCCGCGGCAAAACUAUCCCCGAGUGCCAGGAGGUCCUCCCCAAGGCCCCCGGCGGCGCGGAGCCGUUGCCAGAAGGUCUUUUCUGGCUUCUUCUCACUGGUGAGGUUCCCUCAGAGCAGCAGGUCCGUGACCUCUCUGCUGAAUGGGCUGCCCGCUCCGCUGUCCCGAAGUUCGUCGAGGAAUUGAUCGAUCGCUGCCCCAACGACCUCCACCCAAUGGCUCAGUUCUCCAUCGCUGUCACUGCUCUCGAGCAUGGGUCGAACUUCGCCAAGGCAUAUGCUAAGGGAAUGCACAAGUCGCAGUACUGGGAGCACACCUUCGAGGACGCCAUGGACCUCAUUGCUAAGCUCCCAACCAUCGCCGCUAAGAUCUACCGCAAUAUCUACAAGGAUGGCAACGUUGCUCCUAUCCAGAAGGAUCAGGACUAUGGCUUCAAUCUGGCUAACCAGCUCGGAUUCUCCGAGAACAAGGACUUCGUCGAGUUGAUGAGGUUGUACCUCACCAUCCAUACUGACCAUGAGGGUGGCAACGUUAGCGCUCACACUACCCACUUGGUCGGCAGCGCUCUCAGCUCUCCGUACCUGUCCCUAGCUGCCGGUCUCAAUGGCCUUGCCGGUCCUCUUCACGGAUUGGCCAAUCAGGAAGUGCUCGUCUGGCUGCAGAAGAUGAAGAAGGCCAUUGGCAACGACCUCAGCGACCAAGCCAUCAAGGACUACCUCUGGUCUACGCUUAAGGCCGGCCAAGUCGUACCUGGAUAUGGCCACGCCGUCCUCCGCAAGACCGAUCCCCGCUACGUCUCCCAGCGUGAAUUUGCACAGAAGCAUCUCCCCGAUGACCCAAUGUUCAAGCUUGUCAGCCAGGUCUAUAAAAUAGCCCCGGGUGUGCUCACCGAGCAUGGCAAGACUAAGAACCCCUACCCCAACGUCGACGCUCAUUCCGGCGUUCUCCUCCAAUACUAUGGCCUCACUGAGCAGAACUACUACACUGUCCUCUUCGGAGUCUCCCGCGCACUUGGUGUCCUUCCUCAGCUCAUCAUCGACCGUGCCGUCGGUGCUCCUAUCGAGAGGCCCAAGUCUUUCAGCACUGAGGCCUAUGCCAAGCUUGUCGGCGCUACAUUGUAAAAUAGCCGCGAGGUUAGUGAAUGGGCCAAUGAGAAGGGUGACAUGGUUUGAUUUAGACUGAAAAGAAUUUCUAUGUACCCCUCACGGAUAGAAUGGGAACUGUAGGUAUAGGCUGCGUAUAUUUUUGGUGUUUGGCACACUCCGAGCUUCAAUCGUUUUGAAUGUCUUCGUUGUAGUACUGCCGUUUCAGCCUACAUCUUGUCACCAAUACCAUGCAUUCCAAAAUCAAAAGUUGCCAUUUUUGGUUCGG